ACACCAACUUCUCAGUUCCCAGUUGAAAGAGCCAAAAUUUCAGCCCCACCCCCUCCGAAGACCACAGAGCCACUGGAAGGCUCCCUGCAAUUCCCAAAAUCAAAGUUACCCACCAGAAUAAAGCAGUGAACACAGCAGGUUCCUUGCUAUCCACAAAAUGGAAGGGAGAAAACUUUGGUGGGGCACUGUCACACCUUCAGGAGAAGACCUGUCUUGGUGCAACAUCAUGGGACUGUGCUGAAUGUAGUCGUUGUUGUUCCCUAUUGGAAAAAUGACAGCGGUGAUCUCCCACUUCCCAACUAUGGAGUCGGAAAACUCCAGCGCUGCUAGACAUCUUGGAUCCUGCUUCAGGGGAGUGAAUGUCAGCGAGGAAUACAAGGAACACCUCGCAUCUCCUUGGUUCGCCACAACAUUUGGCCUGAUCGGCCUCUUCUCCAACCUCUUUGCCUUGUGCGCUUUGGUUAAUUCCUCCAGGAAGAUGCAGAGCCCAUCUGGUUCCUCCUUCUUAGUCUUCCUCUGUGGCUUGGUGGUGACGGACUUCAUGGGCCUUCUGCUCACUUUUGUCAUCGUGAUUCCUUACCACUUCCUCCGCUUUGACUGGACGGAUGUAGAUCCUGGUUGCCACCUCUGCAACUUCAUGGGCUUCGUCAUGGUCUUUUUCGGGCAAUGUCCUCUCUUGUUAGGUGCCACCAUGGCUGGAGAGCGUUUUGUGGGUAUCAACCGACCCUUUUCCCGGUCUGCUGGUAUUUCCAAACGGAGGGCCUGGACCUUGGUGGGUGUGGUGUGGGCCUUGGGUUUCUUUUUUGGUCUCUUACCCUUCUUUGGCCUGGGGCACUAUAGCCUGCAGUACCCCAACUCCUGGUGUUUUCUCACUUUGGUCCACGAUGCCCGAAAUGUUGUUUUCUGCUUCCUGUUUGCCCUGUUGGGCCUCCUCUCUGUGGGUCUUUCCUUCCUCUUCAAUACAGUCAGCGUUGUGACCCUUUGCCGAGUCUAUCAUGACUCUGAGUCCGUGCAACGCCGGAGAGACAGCGAGGUGGAGAUGAUGGUCCAGCUUUUGAUGAUCAUGGUUAUUGCAAGUGUCUGUUGGCUUCCCUUGUUGAUACUCAUUCUCCAGACAGCCCUUCAAGAGCCCCCUUCUAACCUGCCUUCCAAUCAGAUCCCAGAGGACACCGAGAAGUUGCUGCUCAUCUACCUCCGGGUGGCCACUUGGAACCAGAUUCUCGAUCCCUGGGUCUACAUCCUCUUCCGCCGAGCGGUACUGAGACGCAUCUACCCCAGCUUCAAGAGCAGGCCUUCUAUUGUCUCUCUCUACCCGGUGCUCAAUCCAUCCCUACGGAGGAAAUUUACUCAGGAAUCGGUGUUUCAGUAGCAAGAUCUUGUGUUGAGCCCGAGGAAGGUCCAGCUCAUAGGAUUCCUUCUUUAACAGGGCAAGAGAGCUCUUGAGUGCUAUGCUUUACCGGUAGUCCUCAACUUACGACCAAAAAUUAGGCCCAAAAUUUCCAUUGCUAUGCAAGACAGUCGUUAAGUGAGUUUUUUGCCCCAUUUUAUGAUGCUUCUUGCCACAGUUGUUAAGCGAAUCACUGUAAUUGUUCAAUUAGCAACACGGUUCUUAAGUGAACCUGGCUUCCCCAUUGAAUUUGCUUGUCAGAAAGUCGUAAAAGAGGUCAUAUGAUCCCGGGACACUACAACCGACAUAAAUACAUGCCGGUUGCCAAGUAACCAAAUUUUGAUCACGUGACCAUGGGGAUGCUGCAGUGGUCAUAUAAGUGUGAAAAAUGAUCAUAAAUCACUUUUUUCAGUGCCACUGUAACUUUGAACAGUCACUAAAUAAAUGGUUGUAAGUCGAGGACUACCUGAUCUAUACCUAUACUGCUUGAUAGUUUGCAUUGGGGUAAAGGCCCUGGGAGUGUACUAUGAUUUAUCUCUAAGCUACAGUAUAAGUAUAAGGGCCGUGGUUAGAAUGCAGUACUGCAGGCUACUUCUGCUGACUGCUGACUGCUGACUGCCGGCUGCCUGCAAUUUGGCAGUUCAAAUCUCACCAGGCUCACCAGGUUCACUCAGCCUUCCAUCCUUCUGAGGUCGGUAAAAUGAGGAGUCAAAUUCUUGGGAUAAAUAUGCUGACUCUGUAAACCACUUAAAGAGGGCUGUAAAGCACUGUAAAGUGGUAUAUAAGUCUAAGUGCUAUUGCUAUUGCUAUUGUCGACGUUCCGAGUAAUGAACCCAACCAACCCAGCAACUCUUGAGACUUUCAGCUUUCUCAAAGAACUGCUUUAUUGAGUACAUCAUAUCAGCACUUUUGAAAUGCAAAACCAGCUCUGGUUAUUUCCCGCGCUUUCAGUAUAGUUCAAGAAUAGACACACACCCUCCCUCCUUGUCACUGGUCAUAUUGUCCAAAUACAUGUUCUGGUGUCUCUUUGGUAACCUCUUCCAGUCUCUGGCUGGCACCUGUUGGGAUGACCUUGGUUCCAGUGAAAUGUAAAAUAUCUUACUACCGGUUCUGUGGGCGUGGCUUGGUCGGGGGUAAUGUGACUGGGUGGGCGUGACCAACUUUUUUUUUUUUACUUUUAAAAGCAUUUUUUCUACAACUUCUUCGGCCGAACAGGUUGUAGAAAAAAUGCUUUUAAAAGGCUCUGACGAUCCCAGCUGAGCUGCACGAUCAUCAGAGGCUUUUUUUUGUUACUUUUAAAA